AUGCAAACUGAAAACUCAGGACGAAAAGUUACGUAUGUGGAAUUAUCAAAAGACACAAGUUUCAAUAAAAAAACUUGUAAGCUUUGGUGGGAUCGAAAAGAUUUACUGUUGAAAACAGGAACAUUAUGUGAUCGUAAAAAAGGCAAAUCGGGUCGUCCAAUUCAUCAAUCAUUUUCAAACAAACAAGAAAUCGAUCAUGCAAUUACUGUAUGUGAAAAUUUGCAAAUCAUAGCAAAUCAAUACGGCUAUGACGUUUAUUUACAUGGACAAACUCAAUUACGUCCAAGAAAACAAGUUGAAACAUGGGUUGACGAGCAAGUAAAUGAACAAACUUACUUGCGUGGUUUAAAAAGCUGUGUUGUUCCGUUUGUGAAAGCAACUAAUUCAAAAAUUUUGAUGUCAGAUUGCGUAAAUUUGAAUCAUACAUUACAAAUUCAACAAUUUUUAUCUAAAAACGGAAUAGAAUUGUAUGGUAGCGCUGGAUACCAUCAGCAGGUUGAAGGUGCUUAUUCACCGUAUUCUCAUGAUUGUUCUAUAUUGGAUUCAUCCAUGUUUGGAACCUUUCAAUCUCAAAUUGCUAAUGAAAUUGCAAGCAAUACACAUUUGGUUGAUUCUGAUGAUAUUUUGAACCAUAUGAGUAAAAUAAUUCCACAAAUAUGGAAAUCAGAUAAAUAUAAAAUUAUCGCUAAAAAUCACAUUGCUGGAUAUGCAAAACGAUUGCAAACAAUAAUCGACAACGAUGGCGGUUUUAUUGCUAAAUACAAGUAA